AUGUCUCACACUUCCCUCCAUCGCCAUAGCUCACUCCCUCCCAUCGCCCUCGCGCACUCCCCUCCCGUCGCCUUCGCGCACUUCCCUCCCGUCGCCUUCGCGCACACCUUUCCCGUCGCCUUCGCGCACUCCCCUCCCGUCACCUUCGCACACUCCCCUCCAAAGAGGAUGAUCACUCCCUCCCGUCGCCCACGCUUCCUUCCUGACGCACGAUCACGCUCCCUCCCCUCCCGCUGCCUUCGCGCGACGCCUCUUUCGCCCCUCCUCACUCUCUUCCGUCGCCCACGCUCACUCCCUCCCGUCGCCCACGCUCACUCCCCUCCCGUCGCCCACGCUCACUCCCCUCCCGUCGCCCACGCUCACUCCCCUCCCGUCGCCCACGCUCACUCCCCUUACGUCAUGUACGCGCACACCCAUCCGUCACUACUAACGCUCUCUCCCUCCCGUCUCCCACGCUCCCUCCCUCUAACGAGAACGGGGACUCCCCGCGCCUUGCAACUCUCCUUCCUCCUGCUACGCCACACCCCACACUCUCGUCUCCCCAUCCCUCAUCUCCCCUUCCCUCGUCUCCCCAUCCCUCAUCUCCCCUUCCCUCGUCUCCCCAUCCCUCAUCUCCCCUUCCCUCGUCUCCCCAUCCCUCAUCUCCCCUUCCCUCAUCUCUCCAUCCCUCGUCUCCCCAUCCCUCACCUCCCCAUGCCUCACCUCCUCAUCGCUCAUCUCCCCAUCCCUCAUCUCCCCUUCCCUCACCUCCCCGUCCCUCAUCUCCCCAUCCCGCAUCUCCCCAUCCCUCAUCUCCCCAUCCCUCAUCUCCCCAUCCCUCACCUCCCCAUCUCUCACCUCCCCAUCCCUCAUCUCCCCAUCCCUCAUCUCCCCAUCUCUCACCUCCCCAUCCCUCAUCUCCCCAUGCCUCACCCCAUCUCCACCGCACCCCGUGGCAUCGUCACACGUCGCCAUUUCCCACCUCUUCCUACUUCCCAUCCCCCUCUUCCGCCCUUCCUCCCCCCUUCUCUCAAUCCCUUCCUCUCGCCCUGCCAUCCUACUUCCCAUCCCCCUUUCCUCGUUUCCCCAGACCUCCUUUCCCCAUCCCGUCAUUCACUCUCCCUCCGUUCCCCAUCCUUCCAUUCCCCAUGCCUACUUUCACCAUUCCACCAUACCCCAUUCACCAUACUCCUACCCCCAUCUCCUCCUCACCCCAUCUCCUCCUAUACACAUCCGCUUCUUUCCCCUUCCCUCGUCACCGCGUCCCCUCCUCUCCCCAUCCCCUCCUCUCACCAUCUCUUCUCCCCACCCCCUUCCGUCCUCUCCCCAUCCGCCCAUCCCACCUCACCACUUCCCUCCUCUUCCCAUCCAUCCUCUCCCCAUCCCUCCCCAUCCGUCCUUUCCCCAUCCGAUCCUCUCACCCUCCCCUCCAGGGAGCUGCUUGGGGCGCUGUGGGUGGAUGGCGGUGGGCAGAGUCACACAGCAUAG